UGAGUUUUGGUUCCCAAGGUGGUGACGUCAGGCUGGGGCUGGGCAGAGACGCUGGAAAAACAUGUAACGGUGUAAAGAUACGCUGCACCUUCCCACGACAUAUUUUACCGAGGCUCAAUUCACCGGCCGAGAACAAUUCUCUUCUAUCACAUUGGGACUUUAUGGGGUGGUGGGGAAGGCCUCCACCUUGACCAGGCCACACCCCACACAAUGGACAAACCAGGAGCCAUGAGUACUCAGGGCAAGGUCAGCGGGCUCAAACCCCCCAGCAAAAUAGUCCGUCCAUCUGGGGUGCCCACAAAGACCUCUCCUUCCUCGGGUACUGCAAAGCCAGUCCCUCCAGAGAAGCCCCCGGGCAGUGGGACCUCCCCGACCCAGGAUGGAAGUGUGGACUUCGAGGUGGGAGAGAGGGUCUGGGUCAACGGAGACAAGUCCGGUUACGUGCAGUUCAUCGGGGGCACGCAGUUUGCUCCCGGGCAGUGGGCGGGGAUUGUGCUGGACGAGCCUAUCGGGAAGAACGACGGCUCCGUGGCAGGGGUCCGGUACUUUCAGUGUGAAGACGAGAAGGGGAUAUUCACACGGCCUUCCAAGCUGUCAAAGACUGCUCUGCCAGUGAAGGAGUUAAACGGGGGGCAGCAGAGUCCAGCUCCAGGAGCCCCCGCAACCAGCGAGUCCACACCUGCUGCCACUACCUCAACUGUUCAGGGCACCGGCAUUAAGACGAGUGCAGCACUUAACCGAAUGCUCACAUGCAGCGAUACAGUGUCUAACGUCUCAGACACAGAAUCCAUGAAGAAGAGGAGGGAGCUGAGGCUCGGGGACCGCGUGCUGGUUGGUGGUAACAAGGCAGGAGUUGUGAAGUUUCUCGGGGAGACAGACUUUGCCAAAGGAGCGUGGUGUGGAGUGGAACUAGAUGAACCACUAGGCAAGAAUGAUGGAGCGGUAGCAGGGACCAGGUAUUUUCAGUGCAUGCCCAGGUAUGGCCUGUUUGCUCCGACCCACAAGGUAAUGCGUAUCGGCUUCCCGUGCACCACACCCACCAAGGCUAAGAGCUCACGGAGGAAGUCCGCCCUGAAGAGAAGCCCGAGCGCCUCCUCCAUCAGCUCGCUCAGCUCCGCCACCUCCUCCAUCAGCGGCAAGCCCAGCAGAGCAGGACUGCUGACAGAGACAUCUGCUCGGUAUGCUCGUAAGAUCUCCGGCACUACAGCGCUGCAGGAGGCCCUGAAGGAGAAGCAGCAGCACAUCGAACAGCUGCUGGCGGAGAGAGACAUGGAGAGAUUUGAGGUUGCGAAGGCCACGAGCCAUGCAGGAGAAGUGCAGCAGGAGAUGGUUCAGCUGAGGAAAGGACGGGAUCAGUAUGCAAUGGAGAUGGAGGACAAGUUGGAUCAGCUGCGAUCACUGGUGGAGGCAGCAGACAGAGACAAAGUGGAGCUGCUCAACCAGCUGGAGGAGGAGAAGAGAAAAGUGGAAGAUCUGCAGUUCAGCGUGGAGGAGGCCUGCAUCACCAAAGGAGACCUGGAGACGCAGAACAGACUGGAGCAUGCCCACAUAAAGGAGCUCGAGCAGAGCCUGCUCUUUGAAAAGACCAAAGCUGAAAAACUCCAGAGGGAUUUAGAGGACACCAGGGUGGCCACGGUGUCUGAGCGCUCCAGGAUCAUGGAGCUGGAGAGGGAGGUGGCCGACCUGCAGCUCAGGCUCAGGGCGUCCCAGCAGAAGGAGGACGCUGCGUCUCUGUCCCAGCAGCAGAUCAGCAGCCUCAAGGCUCAGUCUCAGGAGAAAAAGAUCAGCGAGCUGAGUGUGGACGUGGAGAGCAAACAGAAAGAGCUUCAGUGUGCACAGCAAGAUAAGAGCUCACUGGAAGAGCAGCUCAGCAGCCUGAGACAAAAGCUCGAAACUGCAGAGGAGGACAACAAGAGGACAGCGAAGAUCAUGCAAGACGUGGAGCAGAGUGUGGAGCAGUCAAAGAAAGACCACCAGACGCUGAAAGAGAAGAGUCAGUGCGGAGAGAAAGAGCUGACAAAGGCUACUAAAAAGUCAGAGAGUUCAGCGCUGGCACUUGAGCAGCUAACAGAUGAAAACAAGACACUGGAGGCACAGCUUGAGGCUUUAAAACAGCAGAACUCCAAGUACCAGGAGGAGCUGAGCCUGUCGAAGGAGCGGAGCAGCUCAGAAAACCAGAGAAUCGGAGUCCUCUGCAAGGAAAUUGAGGAGCUGAAGCUGGCCUCCCAGAAGUCUCAGCAUCUUGAGGAGCACAAUGACGACCGCAACAGUCAGCAGGCAGACAUGAAGACCAGAGAAACGGAUGGUGAAAUGAACUUCCAGAAAUCCACUGGAGCCUUAAUCUCAGACAAAGACCGGGAACUGGAAACUCUGAGGAACGAGAUCGCCGCACUUCGAGGAGAAAACGCCAUGGCCAAGACGCUGCAUUCGGCCGUGGAGACGCUGGAGAGAGACAAAGCUCAGCUGCAGAGCCGAGUCCACAGUCUGGAGCAAAGGCUCAUGGGAUCACAGGCCUCAGAGGGAGAAGACUGGGAGGCUCCACCCUCAGGCGACACAGCGCUGGAGCAGCUGAGGGAGGAGAAGGAGUUCGCCGAGGGGCAGGUAAGACUGUCAGGACGAAAAGAAAUUCUUACAAAGAUAAACUUCCUGAACAGUGUGAUCGUGGAUCUGCAGCGGAAGAACGAGGAGCUGAAGAUCAAACUGAAGAAGCUCGCUCUGGCUGAGUUCAACGGCAACGACGACACUGAUAAGUUUGAUGACGGUGAGUCAAAGCGGGAAAAGAAGGCGACUCCGCGUCUGUUCUGCGAUAUCUGCGACAGCUUUGACCUCCACGACACGGAGGACUGCCCCACCCAGGCCCAGAGCCCCGACUCGGUGCCCCACACCACCUACCGAGGCAACCCGGCCGACGAGAGGCCGUACUGCGACUUCUGCGAGGCCUUCGGACACGCCACCGAGUCCUGCAACGAUGAUCAGACCUUCUAGUAGCUCCAACAGAUAUUUACCGGCAUUUAAAUUCCUUCCUUUUCCUCCUAAACUCACCUUUUCACCCUCCAGCUUAAUUCCCGUCAGAUUUUUUCGAUAUUGUAUUUUUCUACUGUAUUUAUGCAUAUCACUGGUAGCCACUGUCCUGGUCUGAAUCUCUACUCUGCAGCUUUUCUCUGAAGAUAAACUGUAAUGCACAACGCUCGUCCAAAUAUACUACGCAAUAUUGAUGUUUAUAACAAAAAGGAAUCCGUCCUCUGCACUCAACGUUUUUAUCGUGCUGUUUUGCAUUUAAGUUUGUUUCUGUUGUUUUUUAGGCUUUAUUUGAUAUUUAGCAGAGAAUGAUGCAACUUGAUUAAGCACAGUUUAAAUAAGGGAAAAUGAAGCACCUCUAUAUUACUGUCUUAAGUAACACAUUCCUCAAGUCUAUACGGCUGCAAAAAUCAGACAGAUACUGCCAUGUCUAACUUUUUACUAAUUUUAUAAUAUUUACUAAUAUGUUAGUAAGUGCUUCUUCCAGCAUAUCCACCUAAAAUGAAUUAUAAGGUCCAGGAAAAAUAUAAACUAACAUUCUAAAGAAAUGAGGCAUAAUGUUCUGAGAAAAAAGCUGAAUUAUACAGGAAGUCAUCAAAUCUAAUCGCAUUAAUUAUUUGAAAAAAAUUGUUAUUUCCAAAUAUUUUACGACAAAUUAUUAAAGCAUUAUACUCAAAAGAUUUUGAAUAGACACCUGUCUUAUUGUUUAAAUAUUAUGACUGUAUAAUAUAACUGAUUGUGGCUUUUUCUUUAUUUGAUAUUCUUUUGUAUUUUUAGUGGCCCUAUAACUCAGUCAUUAUCAACCUAAAUAUUAAUCUAUGUAAAACCUCUAAUACUUUGAGUAAAUGUCAGUCUUGACGUUGGAAAUGGUAGCUUCCCAGGUUUCUCAGUGAACGCCAUGAGAUGCAAACAAAGACAACAAACUAAUUACAUACACCUUGACUUAAAGGGACAGAUUUUACACAGGAAGGUCAGUUUACUCGUUUACAUUUGGUAUGAAGUCACAGAUUUAUGUUUGGACAAAUCCAUCUCACUAUUAAUAUCUUCGUCAGCCUGCACCAGGAAUUUUGGGUGUUAAAGUAAAAUAAAUUCAAAGCACUUUAAGGACGUCUGGUCUAUAAUGGUGUAGACUUUGAGUUUUAAAGUUCAUCGACAUGUGCAGAACAGACACAAAAUGAACCACUUGAUUAGAUAGAUUUGUGUUGUCUCAUUUCCAUAGAUCAUCAUUCAGGUUAAUAUUCUCGAUGAAUGCCACUGAGAGCUCCAGAGGUUUCGUUGAUGAUGACGUUGUUGCAUUUUGUUAUUUAUUGUCUGAUGUUUGGCUAACCAGUGACAUUCCUACAGGGACAUAAGCUAGCACUGAUUAAAGUGUAAAGUCUGAACUAGGACCACUAGACGGGCUUCUGAAAUGCAAACGCCUCAUGUUACAGAAUGAAAACUAACCAGAUAAAACUAUAGAAGCCUCUACACUAACUUAAUUUUGUUUGCACUGUCCACUUUAAAGAUUCAGCCGAAACAAACAGCGCUUUAACUUUGAUUCUAAACAAAAGUGCAUUUAUUUUAAGAGUCAGUACAGAUUAUUCCAUCCCAUUUCAUACUGCCCUCUUUUAACUGGUUUGACAUUUUUUGGAAAUACACCUAUUUGCUUUCUGGUGGAGAGUUAGAUGGGAUGAUCGACACUACUCUGUCUGUAUGACAAAUAUGAACCAAGUUAAGGCAGGUUAGCUUAGCUUAGCACAAAGUGUGUAAACGUUUUUUAGACACUGGUUUUCCUACAGGUUAACUAAUCAAGAUGUUAAAAUUAGAGGUGCUGAAAGGCAGAUGUAGUCUUAUACUGUAUUUACAGGGUAACUGCAACAAUUUGACACCUAAAGUCUGUAUCGAGGUUUUGGGGAGUAAAGAAAAGUACUUAAAAGCUUCUAGUGUCUCCAGGUAAAAAACAGUUUUCCCACAGAAUGGUGUUUCCAUACAUCUAAACUGCAUGUUUAGUACAUUUUGAGGAAAUGAUAUUGCCUCCCUGAUUAUGGUCGCAGUUUUAAACAUGAGGUUAAGGUUGUAAAUGGGAACAAAACAAAACAACAGACUUAAUUAACAACCAGAUAUUUAAAUGUUCCUUGCAUUCUUUUUAACACAGGUCAACAUGCCACAUGAAUCUGUUAGUUGGUAGUCUGGUUGCAUUGUGGGUAAUGCAGGUGCCAAGUUUUUAGGAGGAAGAGGAAUAUUUUAUUUUGAGAAAAAUGAAAGCUGGUUCUGCUGCAGCUUAUUUGAAUCUUUCCUUAUUUACAGUCCAUCCUCGGUCUGAUCAUUUAAUAAGUGCAAUAAUACGGUUUAUCUUUAGAUAACUCCUUUCAUAGACAGAUAUUAAAGUUGUAUCAAUCAUUUCAACUACCUCUAAGAAAGUGAACAUAUUUCCCAGAAAAUGUCAAACUAUUAUUUUAAAUGUAGCCUGUGUAGCGACUUGUAUUUGACUCCUCUUGUUCUUAAGCACAAUAUUUGGAUCAUAUUGAAUCUUCCCGUGUAACAGUGUAUUUUAAUACAUGUGACUAACCUUUGUAAAUACUAAUCAGAGGCGUCCUUCUGAUAAAUGUGUACACAGUGCCAUGAGACAAAAGAAAGCUUUUAUGUGUACAACAUUUUAUUUUUCUGCCCUGUUGUAUAAUGCGAGAGAAAAACAACAUUUGUAUAGACUUUAAAACAUUGUGUACUUUAUAAGUGAUGCGUCUAAUUAUUAUUAUUAGUGUAAUGUUUUAUAUAUGUAACUAUUUCAGGCACUAUCUAGAAAUGGUUUGGAAACUAUUUUACAGAUGUUUACGUGGUGUAAGAUGUCACUGUUUUCUAUGUUCUGUAUACUCCUGAGCAGUCCAAUAGAAACACUUUAAAACAA